AUGAUUGAACCUUCCAAUUAUUUACAACAAGUGGAAACGCUUUUAAAACUAUACAAUAUAAAAGAAUUUGAUUCCUCACAAUGUCAAAACCGUGAAUUGAUCGCACGUGGAGGAUUUUCUUUGGUAUAUUCUACUACGUUCCAAAAAAAGUCAUACGCUUUAAAGCGUCUAUAUAAAAACGAUAACCAAGCGCUUAAAUUAUUAAAACGUGAGAUUAAACUUCUUCACAAAGUUGAACAUCCAAACGUCAUAAAAUUUUACGGCAUUUCAAGGGAACAAGCACCACAACGUGAUAACAUUAUCGAAAUUAUGCUUGUCUUGCAAUUAGCUAAUGGCGGAAAUUUACAAGAUCAUCUAGCAAAAAAACAACAUAUAGGUCUUUAUAAAAUUUCUUGGACUGAACUAGUCCAAAUAGCAAUGGAUAUUGCAAGCGGAGAUAUUUCGGAAGGUUUACGAGAAAAGGAGAUUACUAAUACGCCUCAAAAAUAUGUUGAUCUCUACAAUCAGUGCUGGUCUUCAGAUCCAUCCCAACGUCCAACAGUAGACAUCGUUUUAAGUAUACUUAAAAAGCUACAAACAGAAAAAGCCGAAUUCAUUUCACAUAUAAUAAGUGAAAAAUGGAUAAAGCAUUUCGGCUUACAUAAAGGUAGAAACUUUAAUGGAAAUGGCUUUGUUCUGGGAACAGGAAUUAUUCUAGGAGAUAAUGGUUUUUUAGAAAUGGAAAAAAUACGGCAGCCAAUACCAAUUAUCUAUCUUCCGAAAGAAAAUGAAAUAGAAACAGAACAUGAUAACAUACAUAUCCACAUUCCAAUGUUAACUUUACAUUAUGAAUGUGACCCGACAAAAAAAUUUAUUCAGGAUAUUAAAGAGGUGCUUGAUAUUAAAGAUGAAACUGAGAAAAAAACCAAACUUGAUGAGAAAUUAAAUUAUUAUGGUGAAUAUGUAGUUACUUCGGCAACUAUUGGUGGUGUCAUCGAAAUUAAAAAUUGGUCUGAAUUUGAUGACGCAAGAAGAUCGCGUUUAAAAACAUAUCUUCAAUGGAGCAUUGAUUAUGCGAAGGGCAUAAAAGUAAACAACUUUGAAAAAGCAUCGAUUGAAGACUUGCAUUUAUUUACCAAUUCCAAAAGCAUGAAAAAUGCUGAAAAUUUAUACAAAUGGGUUAAGGACUUACAUAAUCCUAAUUCUUUGGAGAUUAUAUCAUAUGAAAAAUUCAAACCUACUAUUCAAUUAUUACCAGAAGAUUUAAUUCUUAAAUGUUCUAAUCGUGAACAUACUGAUGAAUCUGAAUUAAUUUCAAAAACUCGCUCUCGCUAUGAUAAAAUAAAUAUAUCAGAGUGGGUAACAUCACCGGCACUUCCAUUAUAUACGUGUGAUUGGAUUCAAGAUAAUUUAUUACAACAUGGCAUAAUUUUACAGCGCUCAAAAGCAGGAAGAGCUAAGAAGGCUGCUUUUAAAUUUUUAAAGGAACCGAAAAUAACUCCGAUAAAUAAAAUUACUAUCAUCUUAUCGCAACAUAAAACACGUCAGGAAGAAUAUUUAUUAGAGAAUGGUAUAAUUUUAAAAAAAGAGGAAAAAAUAGAACUUGAUAAAAUUCCUUCUGCAGAGCAUAGUUCAACACUUAAUAUUCCUUUGGAAGACUUUACAAAAAAACAACCUUCUAAUGCAAUUUAUUGCCAAGUAAUUUUUCAGACGAUAAAAAUUUCUUUCGACCUAUUGGACAUUGAAUAUUUACAAGAAUUUACAAAUACAGUAGAUUCUGCACUUCAGGAUCAGAAUGAAUCCUCUAGAUCUAAAACUCUUUGUAAGUUAUUCGGCGAAGAUUAUGGACAUUUAUUGCCAAGAACUUUUACUUUAGGUGGAGUUUUGUCAAAAAAAUAUAUAUCAAAUAAUCACCCUCUUAACAUCCAAACACAACGAUUGGAUCUUAAAUCCGAUGAUCCCAAUGCGCAUUCAAAAAUCGAGCAGCUUUUAGAAGCAUGGAAUAAUGAAUUUAAAGAUGUUAACACUUUUUAUUUUCUUAAUAAUGAGGGAGAUGUUAUUUAUCGUAACAAAAUCGGUGAUUGGUUAAAAACUCUCGCAGAUGAACCCAAAAUUUGGUGCACUAUAUCUUGGGAAGAUUGGAUACAAUUAUAUAAAACUAGUCCAUCUGAUAACAUUUCGUUUAAUGGGUCUGUUUCUUCAGUGUCGACGAAUGAGUAA